AUGGACAGCACAUUCGAAGCUUUCACCGGGGAACAAUGGCACUUCCAUCCUCCAUCUGCAGGCAGGGGCUAUGUUGGCCAAUUGGCUCAAUGGGCUCAUGUUUCCGGGCUCAAAUUCACCCUCAAUUAUCGUAAAAUUGGUCAUGAUGAUUCACCAUGUUGGAUUGCCCAGCCCGUACUGGAAGGCGAAUAUCUCGGACACAAGUACUUCGGAUAUGGAGGAAACAAAAAGGAGGCCAAGGAAGGUGCUUGUCGUAAGAUGGCGAUGUCCGGCCAUUGUGUGCGCGGCAUUGGACGCUCGUCUUCCUAG